UGGCGCAUGCGCACGGCGGUCGUGUCCAGGGCCGGGUAUCAUGGCGACAUACGUGGAUAUUCUGAAGAGCGAGUUUCCCGAAAUUGACACGGAACUGUUCGACUACAUCACAGGUGUUCUGGACAGCGGCGGGGCAGAUUUCGAGGAUGGGGAGGAAGUGUACGACGCCAUCGGAGGAGUGCUGCAGGAAGUGUCGGCCGACAGCAAGAACGAAGACGACAUCCGAGACAUCUGCCUCCAGAUGUUCAACACCCUGAAACUUAACAGUCCCAGCUCUCAGAAGCAGGUGCUGCUGGACGCCCCGGUGCAGCUGUCUCAGAUCUCUGCCAACACUGACUCUGAUGCCAAAGACGUGCAGGGCAUCUGGAUGAUGAAGAGGAACCAGAACACGACUGUGGAUGCGAAGAAGCUGGAGAAGGCCGAGGCGAAGCUGAAAGCCAAACACGAGAGGAGGAAUGAGAAGGACCUGCAGAAAACCUCCAGCCCGCUGGUUCUGGAGGAGGCGUCGGCCAGCCAGGCCAGCAGCAAGAAGGACAACCGCGUCGACCAAUCAGGGAAGAACCGCAGCUACGACAUCCGCAUCGAGAACUUUGACGUUUCCUUUGGAGAGAGGUGCCUCCUGCGGGGGGCGGAGCUCUGUCUGGUGGCGGGGCGGCGUUACGGUCUGAUCGGCCGGAACGGGCUGGGCAAGACGACCCUGCUGAAGAUGCUGGCGAGCCGAAACCUGCGUGUCCCCGCCCACAUCUCCAUCCUGCACGUGGAGCAGGAGGUGGCGGGCGACGACACAGCGGCGCUGCAGAGCGUCCUGCAGAGCGACACGCUGAGGGAGGAGCUGCUGGCCGAGGAGCGCCGCCUCAACGCCCGCAUCGCCAACGGAACGGCUGAUGGCUUCGAGAGCGUGCGGCUGUCGGACAUCUACAGUAAACUGGAGGAGAUCGAGGCUGACAAAGCUCCAGCCAGAGCCUCCGUUAUCCUCGCCGGACUCGGCUUCUCUCCCAAGAUGCAACAGCAGGCCACCAAGGAGUUCUCGGGAGGCUGGAGGAUGAGGUUGGCGUUGGCCAGAGCUCUGUUUGCUCGGCCGGACCUGCUGCUGCUGGACGAGCCCACCAACAUGCUGGACGUCAGAGCCAUCCUGUGGUUGGAGAACUACCUGCAGACGUGGCAGUCCACCAUCCUGGUCGUCUCCCACGACCGCAACUUCCUGAACGCCGUGGUGACCGACAUCAUCCACCUGCACUCCCAGAGGCUGGACAGUUACCGUGGCGACUACGAGAACUUCGUCAAGACCAAAGAGGACAGACUGAAGAACCAACAGAGAGAAUACGAGGCACAGCUGCAGUACAGAGAACACAUACAGGUUUUCAUCGACAGGUUUCGGUACAACGCCAACAGAGCAGCUCAGGUGCAGAGCAAACUCAAACUGCUGGAGAGGCUGCCUGAACUGAAGCCCAUUGAAAAAGAAACUGAGGUCACUUUAAGGUUUCCAGAUAACUUUGAGAAGUUGUCUCCUCCGAUCCUGCAGCUGGACGAGGUGGAGUUCUACUACUCCCCCGACCAGCGUCUCUUCUCUGGACUCAACGUCUCAGCCGACCUCGAGUCACGCAUCUGCAUCGUCGGGGAAAACGGAGCGGGGAAGACCACCGUGCUGAAGCUGCUGAUGGGGGAACUGACGCCGGUCAACGGAGUCAGACAGGCUCACCGGAACCUGAAGAUCGGCUACUUCAGCCAGCACCACGUGGACCAGCUGGACCUGAACGUCUGCUCUGUGGAGCUGCUGCUCAACAGGUUCCCCGGCCGGACGGAGGAGGAGUACCGCCACCAGCUGGGUGGUUAUGGUAUCACAGGGGAGCUGGCCACGCGGCCGGUGGCCAGCCUGUCGGGGGGGCAGAAGAGCCGCGUGGCCUUCGCCCAGAUGACCAUGCCGUGUCCUAACUUCUACAUCCUGGAUGAGCCGACCAACCACCUGGACAUGGAGACCAUCGAGGCUCUGGCCAAAGCGCUCAACAAGUUCAGAGGCGGCGUGGUGCUGGUGUCUCAUGACGAGCGGCUGAUCCGGCUCGUGUGCAGGGAGCUGUGGGUCUGCGAGGGCGGGAAGGUCCGCAGGAUCGACGGCGGCUUCGACGAGUACCGAGACAUCCUGCAGGAGCAGUUCAGGAAGGAGGGCUACCUGUGAGCCAAUCAGCAGCUCCGCACCAAUGACUGACACGCCACGUUGCCAACUGACCACAGCCACCGGAAACAUAAACCCCGCCCCCCCCCCCCAAAACACCACACACACCUGCCAAUCAACCGGCAUCUCCCAGCGGCGGGGGGGGGGGAGGGGCGCGGGAGUGCGGGCGGCCAUUUCCCAGCAACCCCCUCUCUCCCUCUCUGGCGAACAGGUACAUCGUACUUCCUGGUUGGAUGCAGAGGAUGUAGCUAGCCGGCUGCUGAUUGGUCCUGACGCUGGGUGUGGAUGUUUUUCCUGGAGGGGUCAAAGGUCACAGACACAGCACGCAGAGCUGCUGUGGACCGGACACGUUCAGUCCCAGAGCUUAUUUAAAAUGUCAAACACCCGUCUGUGUGUGUGAGAGUGUGUGUGAGUGUGUGUGUGUGUGUCCAACCCAAAUUAGUCUCAUUCAGUCAGUGCAAGUUGGAAAAUGAUGUUCAGACUUGGAAGGACUUUCAGGAACUCUUCUUCCUCUCCUCCUUGUUUCUGAAGAGUUCCCCUUCAGGGCAGACAGGAGCUCUGGAUCCUCUGCCGCCCAAUAAAACCUCCUCCUCAUGCUCA